AUGGAGACGGUCUUCUGGACGGUGAUGGGCAUUUUGUUUGCCAUCUCGCUCAAGUUGACGACGCGUUGGCACCAUGAGCUGGGCAUGGGCCCUUUUGAACCUGGCAAAGCCUGGCCCGUGAUUGACCGACUGCUUGCGGUGACCCACUGGGGCAUGAUUGGUUACCUGCUACUCGUCAAGUAUGGCAGCGGAACUAUGCUGUACAUCUUGCAGCCUUGCCACAUUGUCAUGGUACUGCAGGGCACAUUGCUCAUGCUCAAGCCCUCUCGAGUGACGCGGGGGCUGCUGCAUGCACACUUUGUGCUCAUCCUGGGCGCUUUUGUGGCUAUCGUGCUUCCGGAUACGGACACGUUGGAGGCCCCAUUCGAGGUGGAGGUCUUUUUUAUUCAGCACUUCUUGAUUGUGUUUGUGACCCCACUACGCCUGCUCAAGCUACAUGAUGGAGGCCAUUGGCGCUGGAUCAGCGUGCUGGGUGGCCUGUGCAUCAUGCAUCUCAUGCACUGGCCUUUCUAUGUGACCACCGGCUCCCUGACGCACGUGAACCUGCAGUUUAUGCAGUGCCCCACCGUGGCCCUGGCCGAGAUUUUGAAAGAGCUGCCCCCUUGGGUAAUCACUCCAUCGUACCGGUCCCUGGUUACUAUUUUGUAUCACAUUGUGGCUAUUGGCGUGGCCGCUGGAUAUCUGGAGCUUGGCCGCUUUCUCUUUACGCGUAAAACCAAGUCCUCUUGA